AUGAAGACAUUUGAACAAAUGAAGACGAUGUUUGAAGUAAUGCCUAUACAACCACUUUAUAUUACAAUGAUUAUAGGAGCAAUAUAUACGGGAAGUCGAAUUAAUAAGAAAAUACAGUUUGGAGUGCGUGGGAUUAUAAGUUUAAUAUUUUUAUUCAUAUUUUCAGCGUAUGGUAGUUUCAUAGCAAUCCUGUUUAGUUUAAUCGGUAAACGGGGAUUAAUUAAUUAUAUUACAGCAAGAUCUUAUGGAUUUUUUGCUAUCCCUGCCGUUGGAAUUUCUUUUAAAGUACAUGGUGAAGAAAAUCUGAAUGUACGACCGGCUGUAUAUAUAUGUAAUCAUCAAGCUGCUGUUGACGUGUUAGUAAUGGCAAGAAUAUUUCCUAAACAUUGUGUGGUUGUUGGCAAAGCUUCUUUGAGAUUCGUUCCUCUUCUUGGAAUGUUUAUGUCACUUGGACAAGCCGUAUUUCUUGAUCGUAAAAAUCAUGGUAGUGCAGUGCAAGCAUUAACCAAAGCCGCUGAAGAUAUAAGAGAACAAAAGAUAAGCGUAUUCAUAUUUCCAGAAGGUACAAGAGCAAGGUUACAAGAAGCGGAUUUGUUACCAUUUAAAAAAGGUGCUUUUCAUAUGGCCGUACAAGCAAAGAUGCCGAUUGUACCUAUUGUAGUUGCCAACUAUAGCGAUAACUAUGAUUCUAAACGUAAAAUAUUCCGUGGUGGAGAAAUUAACAUCAAAGUUUUAUCGCCCAUUGAUGUAUCACACAUCGAUGUGGAGAACAAAGAACAAAUCGAUGAAUUAACGAAUUCAACUCGUGAAUUAAUGUUGACGACGUUAAAAGAGAUAACAUCUCAAUCGAUAAAACCCGAAUCGAUUUUAAUAUUAACUACAUCCGAAAAUGUAAAUAAAAUCUUACAGGUAAAAAGUUCAGCAAACAACAUAGAAAUCCAUGUUAUAAAUAACAACAACGAUAUAAAACCUUUUACAUAUUUACAAAUCAUACAACAAAAAGCUCAAACGACAUAUGUUUUAUUAUUAAAUUCUGGAGCGAUAUUUGGAAAGCAAUACUUACAAAAUAUGUUGCACAUCUCUCAUACCGAGGAGUAUAAUAAUGCUAUAUUAGGCACGAUGGGAAUCAAUUUUAAUGGUGUUCCUAACCGGGUUCAAGAUCUUUCAUUAACUUGCUAUGAGGACCAUCUUGUAUCUUCCGAGAAUAACAUCGCACGUAUAUCAAAAGACGUCGAUAUGUUAACAAAUAUUUGGUUUUUAAAAAGAAAAUGGUUACCAAUAAUGUUCAAGGAAGUUAGAAGAGAUAUCCUUGACCUUCCAUUAGAAUUUUUAAUUAGUUUCUCCCUUCGAUAUCAUGUUAAUAUACCUUCGAUUUUAAUUCCUACAUUUGAUCGACAUUCGUGGGGUGAUACGCGUUCAAAGAAAAUUCAAUGCAAGAAAUUAAGACGAAAUCUUGUAAAUGAUAAUGCUUGGUUACAUUAUAUUGAACGUGGGUAUCCUUUAAUUACAAAAGAAUCUUCUCAAAUGAAGGAGAAUAGCAUUUUAUUUAUCAUUGACGGAUCUGAUCAAGAAAGUUAUUUUAGGUCAUUUUAUUGUAAAUUAUCAUUAAUUAAAAAUAACUCGGUUAAAAUCAUUACGACGGGAGAAAAUUUUGGAUUAAGUGGAUCAAGUUUAAAAAGGAUCAUCCUAAGAGAAGGAUCAUCAUGCGGACGUGUCGAAGUGUAUGAUCUUAAUCUUGAGAUACAAAAUAAUUUUAAUGUUAAAAAUCAAAUCUAUCAAAAUGUUUUACGUAUGAUGGAAUACCUAAAACCGGAAUUAUUUAUAUAUGCAAAAGUAACUACGAAAAAUCUCCUAAUACAAGGGAUAUCAUCGGCGAUCGAAGGAUUUAAUGAAGAUAUUUCAAUAAUUAAAUUACCAUUAGAAGAAAUCGAACACAUAAUAGGAUUGAUGAUCGAUUUACCGUUUGAAGCGUUAAAGAAAUGGAAUGAACCAAUAAUCCAAUUACAAAUAAUCACACAAAAUCGACCGGAUUCAUUAUCAAGAUUAAUUCACUCUUUAAAUACAUCCUAUUAUUUUGGUGAUGAAAAUAUUCCUUUAACGGUAAACAUUGAUAGAGGGGCUGAUCCUGUCACCUUGGAGUACUGUUCAACUUUCUCAUGGAAUCAUGGUAAAAAAACCGUUCGUCAUAGAGUGGUUCAAGGAGGAUUAUUACCUGCCGUAGUAGAAUCCUAUUAUCCUUAUAAUUAUCAUGAUUAUGCCGUGAUAUUAGAGGAUGAUGUCGAAGUGUCUCCAUUUUAUUAUCUUUGGAUCAAGUAUAGUAUAUUAAAAUAUCGUUACGGACCCGAUAAAAAUCACAGCCAAAGAUUAUUUGGAAUCAGUUUAUAUGGACAAAGACAAAUGGAAUUGAAUAUUAUUGGUCGUCGACCUUAUAAUCCCGAAUCCAGAUUUAAUGGAACUAGUUUCCCCAUCAGAUCACCUUACCUAUCUCAAAUACCUUGUAGUUGGGGUGCCGUAUAUUUCCCUGAAGUUUGGAGAGAAUUUCAUGAAUAUCUUGUCGAUAGGUUAGAUGAUGAAACGAAAUAUCAUUUACAACCAAUCUUAGUACCGGGAAGUCGUUCUCAUAAAUGGAAGAAAUCUUGGAAAAAAUAUUUUAUUGAAUUGGUUUAUUUAAGAGGUUACGUUAUGUUAUAUCCAAACUUCAAAAACUUUACCAGUUUUUCUACUAAUCACGCUGAAAUCGGUACACAUAUUCAUUUUCGAAAAAAUAAACCCGAUCCUUCCACUAUAUUUGGUGUACCUUUAAUGAUGGAAAAUACUAUUUAUGAGGAAUUACCUGAUAAUCAUCUAACCAAUUUUAAUCAAUUACCCGUAACUGAUCUUUGGGGUAAUCUAACUAGUUUUCAUGAUUUAAUUGAUCGUGGUAUUACACUUCAUAAUGAAGUUUCUUUAUGUCCUCCUCAUUUCAGAAAAGAAAUUGAUCAACUUAAUUUUAAUCCAAAAGAUAUUUUAUGUGUGGAUGAUGAGAAGAAACGAAAAGCUAUUCUGGAUUAUAAAUAA